CUUAACGCCGGCAGUGGCGAUCUGGAUAACCUGUCGCGUCUUCUGGUGUGACCGAGGCAAUCUUUUUCCACUUGGUGAAGACGCACAAGGCAGAAAACUCUAUACCAGCGAGCUUUGUUCGUCGUUCGUUUUUUGAUCUGGAGUUGUGGUCAUCCGUUUAAUCAUUCCCUUGACAUCAUCGUCGAUUGAUCCACCAACUCAAGUGUCAUCGUCGUCGUCGUGUGACAUCGGCGAGUUUUGGUCGCGGCGACCUCCUCAAAAACACAAAAGCAGACGCCGAAGAAAGCAGAAUUGAUAAACAUGAGCAGUCGCCAGAAUCGUGCACCGCGCCGCGCUGGGAUUAGAGGCCCACAGUCAGCCCUCACAGAUUUCUUGGCCUCUCAAAAUAUUUCUGCCCGUCAAAUUCGUGCUGACGCCGAUGCGCGUCGUCAGGCCACAGAGGCAGCUGCAGCUGCAGCUCAGCCAGAUGACAAUAAUGUUCCGCCUAGUGCUGUUGAGCUCGACGGCGCCGAGUGUGUCGAUGAUGAGGAUGAGGAUGAGGAUGAAGAUGAAAUUGCUCCACCUAUUCGUGCCACUCGCAAAGCUGAAGAUUUGAAGCGUAAGAGAGAGACUGAAGCCAUUCAGAAGAUCAAGAAGUCAAAGGCCUUCAAGAGGCGAAAGAAGGAUGCUGACGACGAGUCCGACUCUGAUGACCUGGCCAAUGCUAUCUUUAAAGGAAAGCUCAAACCUUUACCGGGUCAAAUGGAGAAUUGUGAAAUCUGUGAAAAGCGUUUCACUGUCACUCCUUACUCCCGUGCUGGUCCUAAUGGAGGAUUAGUGUGUGCGAAAUGUGGGAAGGAUCUGGCCAAGGAUGAUGGUGCAGUCAACAACAAGAAGAAGAAAAAGACGGCAGGACAAGGUGCAAGCCGACGAAAGGUGCAAAGCAGAAUUCUUGACGGCACAUAUUCAGUCGGCGCAAAAAGUAUGAUGACUCUUUGCAUUGAGAAGCUUGUUAAACAUAUCGAUCUCGCUUCUGAGCUUGGCGAUCUCCCAACAUCUUUGAUCGACAGGAUUGCACGUCACCUGGCGAAACGACGACUCCUCACCGCCCAGAGUCUCGAUUUGUUUCUCGAACCGCAGCACGAGGUGGUGAAAGUGUACGAUGGUGCUCGACUGAGCUCCGACGACUACAUUCGUAUCUUCCAGAGAGUCACUAACCUGAAAUUCAUCAAAUUCCGCAAUGCCAUCCAGUUCAAAGACAUCGUCAUGCAGUACCUCAUAAACAGAAACACCAACCUGGAAGGCAUUUCCUUGCAUGGCUCCAAUCUACUUUCUGAGAAAGCCUGGGAAAAGUAUCUGUCAGCUAAGGGUGAGCAUCUCAAGUCUCUUCAGAUCUACUACACAGAUCUUCAUGUAGGCGAUAACCUGCUGCUAUUGUUGCCAAGUGUUUGCCCUUCUUUGGAACGUCUCAAGAUUGCCCACAACCAAGCAGUCACAGACAAAGGUGUUGAGCACCUUGCCAAGUUCGAAACCCUGCAGCACCUUUCGCUAGAACUCAGAACAUUUACGACCACGGAGCCUUACGUCGAAGUGAUCAGUGGAAUUGGCAAUAACCUGCGGACUCUGUCGCUCAAGGCGGUACCGGACCUGGAUGACCGUGUCCUUGACGCGAUUCAUGCCAACUGCCGGUCAUUGACCAAGCUCCGUAUUACCGAAAGCGAAGUCAUGACAGACCCUGGCUUUGCCAGACUUUUCAAAGGCUGGGCCAACAAACCACUCCACUUUAUCGACUUCCGAAACUGCCGCCACAUUGAUUCCACAAAUCCACGCGAGAAUUCACAUCAGGUCGGCCUCUGCUCCGAUGGCUUUCGUGCAUUGAUGGAACAUUCUGGCAGCAAGCUUCGAGAACUUAAUGUGCAUGCUUGCCGACACAUCAGCAAGGAAGCUUUCGAGGACGUCUUCGCUGCUGAGAAAGAGUAUCCCGAGCUGGUCAAAUUGGAGGUCAGUUUCUGCGAAGAGAUCACCGAUUUCAUCGUGGGCAGUAUAUUCCGAAGCUGUCCUAAUUUGAGGGAGUUGAACGUGUUUGGUUGCAUGAAAGUGAAAGACGUUCGCGUCCCACGCAACAAAAUCCUUGUCGGAGUGUGUACUGCCAAAGGAAUGGUCAUCGAAGGUACUGAGGACUGAGAAAUCACACAGCACAAUAAACGAAGGGUCGACUAAGAGUAUUUGUUUCGUACCAGCCACAGGCAGGUCUACAAGUCAAGACACAUGUUUCCGCUGCAUAUUCAGGCACUAGCUAUUCGUUCGAUGAAUUAAGGCUGGUUCAUCACCACUAUUCAGGCUUAUUAUGACGAGUACGUCGAACCACUAGACACUCGCUUUUAGUUUGAGCGUCUUAUGUCGAUGGUAGUCAAAGGACUCUGAUGUAUUAAGAAGAUUGUAUGUUUGUAGCAUAUGUGGCAGACAAAAGUCCACGAACGCUUGAACUGGCUGCCAGUGGACUACCGUCGGACCUCGAAACGUCAUCGAAACCCAAAAUUCAUUGAGUAUUUUAUGAGGGUCCAUUUCGAAAAGCAGUGUAUAGGAUUUGAUAGAAUAGCUUCAGAGAGCUGGUGCAUUAAGUGUUUUAGUCUACACAACUGUACGAAAUUUUCUCUAUCUGGG